AUGAAUGGAUCUAAAAAUAGACCAUCCUUCUUAGUAAAGAUCCUGUUGUUUUUUCUAACCUUUGAAUAUCUUUUUUUUUGCUCUGAAGCAUAUGGUAGUGAGCUCUCUCAAAGUCUAACAGGAAUUACUGGAUAUGAUGGUUCUAUCCAAAGCAUAAAUGAUUUGGAGGAAAAGACUAGUAAUCCGGAGCUAAAGGAUGAUUCCAUUAUUUUUGGCCAAGAUGCGAGUUUAUCACCAGAUUCCAAAACUCUGGGAGAACUUUCAGAAAUUAAAACCAAACCUUUGGAUGAUAGCUUGAAUUUGUUACCUGACUCUUCUGGAGUUGAGCGGAGCAUAUCUAAAAGUUCACUAUCUCCCCGCAAACCUCAACUCUCUCCAACUAUUGAACAAAGCCCAUCAAAAAAAUCUAGAUCUAGAUCAAAAGAAAAUUUUUCAUCAUUUAAAGAGUCAAGCAAAAGUCUCUCGAAGUCUAAAACUCAAGAGCGUACUAAAUCCCUCCCAAAAAAAGCAACCCCUAAAGAUAACAAGUACCAUUCCCCAACCUCUUUGUUUUCUGAAUCCUCUCCAUCAGAAAAAUCUAGGUCUAGAUCUCCCUCCAGGUCCAAAUCUAGUUCAGGAUAUGGAAAGAGAUCAAUUUCUAGCCCUAAAAUUCUCAUCUCUAAAACUGAAAAAUCUAGCUCCAAAUCAAAAAAGAGAUCUGAACAAUCUCCUAUCUCAGAAUAUGCCUCCUUGAAAGAGCAAGAAGCUUCAUCUUCUCCAAUAAUGGAAAAUAUGAUUCCUCUCACUGCCCCAGAUAUGUCACCCUCUCCAAAGUCUAGUUACAAUCCUCCCACUCCUAGUGAAACCUCAACUUCAAUAUUAGAAGCUUCAAGUUCUCCAUCUAGUUUAUUAGAUGGAUCCCUCUCACAAGAAAUUUCUGUCAGUUCUCCAGAAUCUACUUCUCCUCUCUCUGAAGAAUUAAGUGUUAAAGAUAAUUCUAUGAGUGUAAGUCAAAUGCCAAGUAGGAAGUCUUCAGGAGUUUCUGAAUCUUCUUCUCCCCGUCCAUAUACUCCAGUUGAUGAAGGCACUGAGUUUUCCACCUUAUUAGAUGGAAGUCUUUCUUCAAAUGAACCAGUCGAUACAAGUCAGCUUCCUCUAGAUGUGGCAUCAGAGUCUAAUAUUGGAUCUAAUUACAUGACUUUAUUAAGUUCUUUAUAUGGAACGCAGGCCUUAUCAGGUGUUCCACUUAACUUCUCAGAAGAGCUUUUCAGGGUUGAAAUAUUGGUGAGUGAAGCAUUUUACAACACAGAAUUGAGCAUUUCCAAUGCAGAUAUUACCCUCUUCACAAAGAGAGUUAUUUUAGAAAGUUCUUCUAUUGACAAAAAUACCUCCUUUGGAGCAAAGAUGGAUCCAAAUUCUUUUGAAAAGAUCCCAUCAUUCUCCAAAGUUACUUUCAACUUUCUCGAAUGUGUUUAUCAGCUUGACAAUAUUCUAUUUCAUACAAGAUCAUUCAUUAAGCCUGUCUCAAUGUCUCACAUUCUGAAAGGAUGUGAUAACAUAAGAUCUUCAUUAAACAUACAAAAGUCCAUCAUGGAAAAUAACAAGAUCUUUUCUAAAGCCCUCCAGUACCUAAUUCUCCGUAUUUAUAACAUAAGUAAUGAUGAAAUAAUAAGUAUUGUCAAUCAAAGAAGUUCUAUACCAACUAUCUUGGAUCAAAAUGCAUUUAAGAGUUUGCAGAAUUCACUUAUUGAAGACUUUACGUCUAAUUCUGGUUCUCUCCCUCUUCCUUUUGAAUUCUGGAGAACAAUAUUUGUUCAACAACUUCAUGCUUUUGAAUUUUAUUCAAGGGAUCUAAUCAACACCUUUCUUGCAGAUAAUUUUGGAUUAAUGGAUAUUUUACUUGAUGCAAUGUACUCUGAUCCAAUUAAAAUGUGUCCAUAUAUUACAGCAGUAUUGUUCUUUAAAGUUAACCCAUUCAAAAUUGAGGAUGCCAGAAUUAACUCUGCUAAAAUACAAACUUUUUGUCUCAUAUAUCUCAAAAAUAUAGGUUUAAAUGAAUCAGUUACCUUGAAAAAGCUAAAUAUGCCUACUAUUAACAGAAAUUCUAGACUUGACCAAGUCGCCAAACAACUUGCUCCAGGAUUUGAGAUUCUUCCAUACUUUCAUCCAGACUUUCCUAAAAAUGGUAAAGAUCUCACUUGGGAGACCUGUUACUCUAUUUACUCUUCAGUUUCAAUGAUGCUUAAUUCUUUAAAGGUUGACUUAGUCUUCCCACAAAUCUCUCCUCUAUGUACAAAGAUUACAAAAGAAUCUUACAGUCCAGAAUUUAUCUUGGGAAUGUUUUCAAGGAUUCUAGAUAUCCCAAGUACCAUACAAAAUGAUUUAUUGGAAAUACAAGAUGUUAAUCAGAUUAUUUCUUCUCUAUCAUUAAAACUAAAAAUUCCUGAAACUUAUCUAAGAGAAUUCUAUACUGACUAUAUUCAAGGAAACCCAAUAAAAUACUUAAACACUAUAUACACUAUCUUUACCAAUUCAAUCAAAUUCUACUCUGGAAUAGACUCAAACCAAGAAUCUAAAGGCAAACCCAAGACAAACCAAAACUUUGAUCAGUUGUAUUUAACUAGAAAUGUCUCAGAUAAUACCCAAAUGUUCCAAAGACUAAACUACUGGAGUACAAUCCACCUUUAUUUUCUAUCUUUUACUAUGAGAAUCCCAAACUCAUCCGAGAUCUUGAGUGGAAUCUAUUCAUUUACUCCUUCAAACUGUGAAUCUCUCCUAUUCUCUUUUUUUAGGAGGGUUUCUUACUCUACAAGAUCCAGUAUUGUUGAUAGUUUAACUCUUUGUAUCACAAUGUACUCAGUUCUGUAUAAAAACCAUAUCUCUCCCGUUCUGGUCAAAAACUUCUCAAUGAAAGAUCUUAGAGACGCUCUUAAUUAUAAGAUUGGUACCUGGGCUCCAACACAAAAUGAUUGGAUGAGAUCAAUUUAUAUGGUUUUUGAAAAUAAGCUUGAGAUCAUUCCUAACAUCUCAAAUAUCCAAACUCUUAGUUUCACUGUAAAUGAAGAUUUCUUUAACUGUUUCUAUUCUGUAAAUAAAUACCUUCAUGGAAUGAUCGUAGUUACCAGACAUAAAGAUUCUAUUACUUCUCGUAUCAAAAAUAGAGUAUUAAAUGAAAGAACUUUGGGAUUCAGUCUAUGUUCUUCCAUGAGCAUUGGAGCUCAUAGUACCAAAGAAGAGGCAAUCGAACUUAGAAUUAUCUCUACUGUUAUUGAAUCAAUUAGACAAUUUGGAUUCAAAAUAAAUGUGGAAUCUAUCAAGGAGUUUAUUAGUUACCACAAGCAAACCAAUAGAUCAGCAUUUCCUUCUGGGAAUACAAUUUUAGAGCAUUCAAUCUCAAAGUUUCCAAAAAACCUUGGGACAGUCAUUAAAAAAGCUUUCCAGUCCAAUUUAUAUUCUUCUAAUUCACUUCCUUAUUUCAUUCAAGCAGAAGAACUUAUUUUAAGAUCUCUUCAAUCAAGAGGAUGUUCCAUUCAAAACGAUGAAGUUAGUUAUAAUGAACAAAGCUUCGAAUUAAGUAGAGAUACAUCAGUUUCUAUUGGAAAAAAAAAUGUCUCAUACUAUAAUAUAAUCAAUUCCUGUCUUUCUUGGAAGACUUUUGGAUACUUUAAUUUGAUUUCAUGUUACUCUGCUCUGGUUAAUGCAGGGACUUGUGAAACCAAAGAUACAACUUUAGAAGUUUUGGUUGAAAUAGCAGAAAAGCUUGAAUGGCCAAAGGAACUCAUCCUACUGACUCUUUCUCAAGAUUUUUCAUUUUCAGAAUUUCAAAUAUUCCAAAAAAUUAAGCAAAGUGUUAAUCCAGAAGAGUUUGAGAAAUAUACAGAAAUUACCAAAGAUCUUAUAACAUAUGUGGAAGAACGUAUAAACGACUUUUCAUGGUCAGAGAAAUCUCUUUCAAACCCAGAAAGUAUGUCUCCAAUGCUUGGAGAAUCUUCAUUGGAAGCCAGUAGGAGCCAGGUCCAGGAGAUCAAUUAUUCCUUUGCUUUUGGACUAAAUAAAGAUUCUAUUGGGGACUAUCUGAGCCUAUGGAAAUAUAGAAAAGAAGCAGUCCUGAAACAAAUCCAAAGUUUUCCAGUAAACCCUUCUUUAAUACUUGAUCAGGAUGAGAUUUCCUCUAUACUAGUAGAUCCUUCAAGUCAAAGUAUCAAAAAGUUUAUCAAUUUAAAAUUGACUCCUUUUGUUACUCAACUUAAGGAAUUCUGUUACAAAGAACCCCACGGAGCUUUUUUAUGUGAGAUUAACCCUCAGCUUGGACUUCCACCUUUAAAAGUGGCUGGUAAUGGGUCUAAUACAGUUUCAAUCUCUAUCUCAGUAACAAAUCCUCCAAAAGAGCUGGAACAAGAUCAUAUUGUAGAGAUUAUGGUUGCAACUCCCUUAAAUUCUUCAACUAACUGGCAAGUAUUGAAACCUCAAUCUUUACUUUUCUUGAGCGUGUUAAUGGGUCCAAAGUGGAAUAAAGAGCUUAAAACUUAUACAAGACUUUCUACUAAGUACUUCCCAUACUCUGGAAAGUAUAUUAGACUAACUCCCCCAGUAUUCAAAAUAAAAAUCAGUCGGACUGAGCCAUAUGAGACUUCAGAAUUACUUGAUUCAUCAAUUUCACCCUCAACUUCAAGAUCCAUAACAAAAUCAUCUAAAACUUUGGUACUACCAGGUGUUUGGCAUGAGAACUUAGGGAACAUUUCCAUCCAGAAGCUUUUGGAAUUCUCAAAAUUCGUUCCUAAUAACUCAAAUUUACUUAUUAAUAUUGUUUGGACUUUGGCUUCUGCAUUAAAUUCACUAUGGAUAGGAGGAGUAGAACUUUGCUAUAUUGAUUUAAGAUCAAUAUAUGUUUAUACUGGGAGUCAGAGCCAACAAAAUUUGAAUAUAGGGAGGAUUUUGGAUGAGUUUCUGGAAUUUGGACCAGAUGAAGAAAAUGUACAUUCUCUGACUAACUUUGUACUCAAAACCCUAUCUCCUCCUCUGAUUAGGUUUGGAGAACUUGGGAGAAGCAAAUACAAUCUUGAGGUUGACUCUAAUGAGAGUUCACAUUCCACAAAAAGUGAAUGCAACGAUAAAAAAGAAACCGUUAAGAUUUUUGAAGAAAUUUUAAGCUCUACUGAAUUAUCUGGAAAAACUAAAGGCCAAAGUCUUGAGACAAUAUGCCAAGAGAUCUCAAAAAUAGAUCCCACGAAACUGGACUGCAGCUCUCUUGCUUGGGUGGAUGAGCAAAAUAGCAGAAUUCCAAAUGAUCUAGAAAAAUGGCCAAUUACCGAUGUUAUAAUGGUUUCUCCAGCCCUCAAAGAAGAAGAAGUCAAGAUCCCAGAAACUGUUGUUCCAGAUGCAGUGUUUUUAGAUGGAUCAAAAUACCCAGAAAAAAGCAAAAGUCCUACAGAUUUAAGUCCAUACUCAAUUCCUGCUUCUAUACCUGUAUCUAUUUCAAAUUCUGAACCAAGUUUAAAAGAGAAAUAUUCACCAAAAGAACCAGAAAAGGAUGUCUCACCAAAAGAAUCUCAGAAAAAAGAAUUAUCACCAAAAGAAUCUCAGAAGAAAGAAGUAUCACCAGAAUCACCUCUUUCUGAGGAAUCUGAAUUUGAGAAAACAUCCUCGAGUGAAAUCUUUGAUCAGAGGUCUGUAAGCCAAGGAGAAUCUUCAGUUUUGCCUGUAAACCCCACAUUAGUAGCUCCCUUUCCUAUAGAAAAACCUUACAGACCGGAGGAUCUAAAUGAAUUCACCUUGGUCAAAGUUCCAAAAGGAAAACUUAUGGACCUUCCUAUUUUUCCAAAAAUCCCAGGAGUUCUUUCAGAGCAAAAGAAAUUUGAGAUUAAGGAACUACUAACAGCAUUGAAGGGAGUUACUGAAAAAUUGGUGUCCAAGUUCACUUCAUGGUCAGCUUCUAUUUUAGGAAAACAUUCUUCAACUGUUCCAGACUUAAACUUCAAACCUUCGUUUAUUUUCAUUCCUCCAACACCAAAUAACAGAGCAGAUUCUCCAAAGAUCCUUGAGAAAAACUUUUACAUCUACGAAUCAGUAUUUUUGUUUGCAAGAGAAGAACUACAGAGAAUGGAGUUGCCUAUUCAACAAAUGAGAGAGGAAGAUUUGGUAGAGGUAUUUAUUAGUAGGGCAGGACUUUCGUAUAUUAAUAACAAUAAAGUACCUCCAAGUGUGGUAAAAUCUCAGACUAGCAGUUUUCCUGAAAUCAAGCCUACCAUUACUCCGGUUUCCCAAGUUCCUUCCUCUAUUGUGAUGAACAAUGGUCAGGAAAUUUCUCGUUUAAUUUCCGGUAUUGAGAAAUCCAAGGGAUACAACGGGUCUACAGGAGUUCAAAAAAGCUCAGAGUUAAGCAAUUCUCUCGAAAAUAGGUCUGAUCUUAGUUUAGAGAGUGGAUUAUCAAGUGAAGAGAAUUUGAGCUCUCAGAGAGAAAAGAGUUUGAGCUCUGAAACAAGAUCCAAUGUAAAAAGAAGGAAGAAAAUGUCCAAAAAAUUGAACUCUGACUCUCAGGGGCUGACAGAAACCAAAUCAAAAGAAGAAUCAGAAAAAGGUGAAGAAAAAACCUCAAGCAAACCCGAAUACGGGUAUGGGGUAGAUUCAAGUAUUAUUGGAGGUGUGGAAAAGACAUCUAGUUUUAUAGGACAAGGAUAUGGUUCAGAAUUAAGUGAUACAGGAGAAAAAUUCAGUAGCAAGUCUGAGUCAGCUUUGGAAUCUGAAGAAACAACUGAAUCAUCAAAUUCAAUUUCCAGAUCUGAAACAGAAACUUAA